AUGAAGUCGUUUAUGCUCGAGAGUUUUUUGUUUAAGAGACUUCAGCCCAUCAAACGGUCGUCGCAGCACUACUUCGACAAGAAUGACUUGCACCGAUUUGGCGUGUCUGUGCAAGAGCUCAACUUCGACACAGGACGGCUAACCAACAACACAUACCCACCUCUACUCGAGUUGCCACAUAACGAAAGAGUUAAAGCAGCUAUAUAUUCUAUCAAGCCGUGGAAGUACGAUGGCUGGGAUGAGCCUAACGACCUGCCACGUCGGUAUCGCCACGGCGAGGCCCGCCCAACUAACCACUGUACAGAAACGUACUAUGAUGAUCCUAUUGAAUUCUAUCGCGAAUCUGGGAUGCUGUCCGACUUUAUCGACGGCUACCUAUCGUGCCCACGAAGCAAGACAGACCCAGACUGCGUUCAGAGAAUCUCGACAUGGGACCAAUGCCUUACGGAUUACGGCCUACGCAACUCCCUCAGAGGUUACGAGCAAGGCGGCUACAUGUGGUGUCUGCAAAAGCUCUAUCACCCUUUCGUUCCUAAUACAGCGUGCGUGGUAGAUCCUUAUCAGCCACAUGCUGGGUGCCACUUGGUUGACAACACGCCCAAGAAAGAAGGCACGCUCAGAGCCAGUGAGCUGAAAACUAUAUGUAUGGUGGCUGUCGUAAGUCACCAUAUGCCCGAGUUCAACCACCUGCCUACAUAUUCAGUUACCGUUAUAUCGAUAUUCGAUCGUCAGCUGCGCAUCAUUCAAGCCACUGUAGACUUCAAAGAGUUGACCUUUGCCGCGCUGUACACCAUGGAUGCACUUUGA